GUGCUGCCAAAAUCUUGACUUAGUCGUGUGAGUGUAAAUUUGAUAGAUACCAUACACUUGCAGAUUGGUAUUGGUAUUGGUAAACUUAAACAGUUGCUCUAUAUAAAUUGGCAUAUACAAGACAUAAAUAAAGACAGUGUUGUUUCAUCAAACACAUUCUUCUCUCCAAUGGCGAAUCAUGUCUCAGUUAUCAACUCUUCCUACUGUUCUGCUGACUCCAUCACUCUACAGAUUAAUACUGAGAAAGGAGAGACUUACAAUGAAAACGAUGAUCGUCUCUUUUAUAUGGACGAUACUUUUUUCACACUUCACAACCGUCGUGUCUUAUAUGAUGAUACAAAAAAACCCAUCGUCACCUUCUACAGAAAGGCUGUGACGUUGCAUGAGCGAUGCAAAGUUUUCAAGGGUGAAAGCACUGAUUCAUCUCAAUUGCUAUGCUCUGUGGAGAAAAUCAAUAAUAAAUCGAUCCCACCUGGAAUUACUAAAUUAAACGUGUUCCUUGCAAAAAACCAAGAGAAAAAGAAAAGUGACUUUAGAGUCAUCGUUUCUGGUAUUCAAAGCUCCUGUACAGUUUAUAUCGGUGAAUCUCCUAAUAUUAUAGCUAAGAUGGAGAAUAAUGGAGGCUUCAAUGUCAUGGUGUAUCCUAACGUGGACUACGCAUUCAUAGUGGCACUACUUAUGAUUGUUAAGGAUAUGAAAUUCUCUAAUGCGUCAAUUAAUGAUAUUACACAAAACACUACUACUGCCAUGAAAUUGGCUUCAGCAUCGGUAUCGCUUGCAACAAGUCAGUAAAUAAAUGUGGAAAUUAAUGGUGGCUUCAAUGUCUACGCAUUCAUAGUGGCUCUACUUAUGAUUGUUAAGGAUAUGGAAGUUUGUAUUCAAAUUGCUCUCCAGGUAUAAAAUUGAUUUCAUCAGUGGUAUCGGCUGCAUUAGGCGACUAAAUAAAUGUAUUGUAUAAGAAAAUCAACGGAAGAGUGAGGAAAUAAAUUUCUAUUAUCUUGUAUAUCACUAUUCCUAUUAUCCUUUAUUAUAUCAAUGACAGCAAAGUUAUUGACCAUGGCA